CACUGAGCUAUAAGUGUACCUACCGUACCAAUCGUACAGACGCAGUGCACGACACGGCUGUAGAAGGUGGGGAAACUGUCUUCAUUGAAGUAGGGAGACUCUUUUGGAGGAUUCAAACUUCCGGCACUGUCAUGGCGGUAUGCUGCUGUUUCUGACACCGACCAGACCGAAUACCGAGCCGCCCCUCGUUCGGCCCUCAGCGCGGCGCGGAACAAGGAGCGCAGGGGUCUCCUCCACUUCAUCAUCAUCAGCGGCGGCGGAGGUGCAGGCGUGAGCGGCCAUGGCGGCGCAGAAGCCCGUGGAGUGGGUCCAGGCCGUCAUCACCCAAUUCGACGAGCAGCUUCCUGUGAAAGUCGGCGUGCAAAACAUACACACUAAAAUCAGCACAGAACACAAUAAGGAAUGUCUGAUCAACAUCUCCAGGUACAAAUUCUCCCUGGUCAUCAGUGGACUCACCAACAUUCUGAAGAACAUCAAUAACAUGCAGAUAUUUGGAGAUACUGCAGAGAAGAACCUUUACCUGUCCCAGCUUAUCAUCAUGGACACACUGGAGAAAUGCCUGGCAGGGCAACCAAAGGACAGCAUGCAUCUGGAUGAGACGAUGCUCGUCAAGCGCGUUCUGGAACUGGGAUCUAGACACCAGGAGUCACAAGUACCUGCUUUUGGCUUUGGUGAAACUCAUCCAUGCAGAUCCCAGAUUGAUGCUACAUGUAAACAAGGUCUGGAGGACCACAGCAGCACGGCAGAUCUCAUCACAGGCCUGGUGCAGCUUGUGCCGCUUGCGAACAUGGGAGAUAUUCCCCAGGAGGGCAUGGAGGCUCUUCUGGUCCUGCAUCAGCCUGAAAGCAUCGAGCUGUGGAACCCAGACGCUCCUAUGGAAACUUUCUGGGACAUCAGUUCUCAGGUGCUGUUCUUCAUCUGUAAGAAGCUGUUUGAUCAGCAGCUGAUCAGCAGCACUGAGAUUCUGAAGUGGCUGCGAGAGAUUCUCAUCUGCAGAAACACAUUUCUUCUCAGGAACAAAGAUCGAGCCACAGCAGGCAGUAACAUCGCCAUCUGCCGGCAGGCCCAGACCAAGCUGGAGGUCUGUCUUUACAUGUUCCUGUGGAGUCCAGACAUGGAGGCAGUUCUGGUGGCCAUGUCCUGUUUACGCUACCUGUGUGAGGAGGCAGACAUCCGCUGCAGUGCAGAAGACAUCCCUGUGCAGUCCCUUCUGCCAAAUUACAACACGUUCAUGGAGUUUGCAUCUGUCAGUAACAUGAUGAUUACAGGUCGUUCGGCUCUACAGAAGAGAGUAAUGGCUUUGCUUCGGAGGAUUGAGCUGCCCACCCCGGGAAACACAGAGGCCUGGGAGGACACACAUGCCAAAUUGGAACAUGCAACCAAAUUAAUUUUAAGCCACCCAAAAACGAAACUAGAAGACAGUCAGGAAUGGAUCAAUAUGACAGGAUUCCUGUGUGCGUUGGGUGGCGUGUGUUUGCAGCAGAGGAACACAUCUACUCUGGCCACCUACAGUCCUCCCAUGGGCACCCUGAAAGAUCGCAAGAGCUCCAUGGUGUCCAUGGCCUCGUGUGAGGGGAACCCAGAGACACCCCUGAGCAGGUUUCUGGACCGUCUUGUGUGUUAUAGGUAUGUGCAUAUUCUUGGCAACAUGGUUCAUGCCAUCCAGAUCAAAACCAAACUGUGUCAUCUGGUAGAGAUCAUGAUGGCGCGCAGAGAUGACCUCUCUUUCUGCCAAGAGAUGAAGUUCAGGAAUAAGAUGGUGGAGUAUCUGACAGACUGGGUGAUGGGAACAUCCAACCAGGCAGCAGAUGAUGGUGUGAAAUGCCUCACAAGGGAUCUGGAUCAGGCGAGUAUGGAAGCUUUGGUGUCUCUUCUGGUCGGCCUGCGCCUUCAGCCAGAGGAGGGGGACGGUGUGGAGCUGAUGGAGGCCAAAUCUCAGCUCUUCCUAAAGUACUUCACUCUCUUCAUGAACUUGCUGAACGACUGCAGUGAGGUGGAGGAUGAGGGUCAGCAGGUGGCUGGACGUAAGCGAGGGAUGUCCAGGCGGUUGGUGUCGUUAAGGCACUGCACCGUCUUGGCCAUGUCCAACCUGCUCAACGCCAACGUGGACAGCGGCCUUAUGCACUCUGUUGGGCUGGGCUAUCAUAAGGACCUUCAGACCAGGGCUGCGUUCAUGGAGGUCCUCACAAAGAUCCUGCAGCAGGGGACAGAGUUUGACAUGCUGGCGGAGACUGCACUGGCCGAUCGAUUUGAGAGGCUUGUGGAACUUGUCACGAUGAUGGGGGAUCAGGGGGAGUUACCUAUCACCAUGGCGCUGGCCAGUGUGGUCCCUUGUUCUCAGUGGGAUGAACUGGCACGUGUUCUGGUAACUCUCUUUGAUUCAAGGCAUCUCCUGUAUCAGCUUCUGUGGAAUAUGUUCUCUAAAGAGGUGGAGUUGGCAGAUUCCAUGCAAACACUGUUCCGUGGCAACAGCCUGGCCAGUAAAAUCAUGACGUUCUGCUUUAAGGUGUACGGGGCCACGUAUCUGCAGAAGUUGUUGGAGCCGUUGCUCAGGGCAGUGAUCACGGGCACUGAGUGGCAGAUGCUGAGCUUUGAGGUGGAUCUCACCAGACUUGAGACCGGUGAGAAUUUGGAGGAGAACCAGCGCAAUCUGUUACAGAUGACCGAUCGCUUCUUUCAGGCCAUAAUCAGCUCAUGGCUCCGCAGCGUCUGUCACUGUCUCUUUCAAGCUACUUGUCACUCUCUCCUAUCUAAAGCAUCUGUCAAAAACAGAAAGGAAGUGAGGAAAGCAGUGGUUAGCCAGCGUUUCCCCCAGAACAGUAUUGGAGCUGUAGGUAGUGCCAUGUUUCUGCGUUUCGUGAACCCGGCUAUAGUCUCUCCAUAUGAGGCUGGAAUUCUCGACAAAAAGCCUCCACCCAGAAUAGAAAGGGGCCUUAAACUCGUGUCAAAGAUCCUGCAAAGUAUUGCCAACCAUGUUUUGUUCACAAAAGAGGAACACAUGAGGCCGUUUAAUGACUUUGUGAAGAGUAAUUUUGAUGCAGCCAGGAGAUUUUUCCUGGACAUUGCCUCUGACUGCCCGGCGAGCGACUCUCUCAACCACAGCCUGUCCUUCAUCAGUGAUGGCAAUGUUUUGGCCCUGCACAGGCUGCUGUGGAACAACCAAGAGAAAAUCGGCCAGUAUUUGUCUCGUAACAGGGAUCAUAAAGCAGUUGGAAGGAGGCCCUUUGAUAAGAUGGCCACCCUGCUUGCUUACCUGGGUCCCCCAGAACACAAACCUGUUGCAGAUACUCAUUGGUCUAGCCUGAAUUUCACCAGCUUCAAAUUUGAGGAGUUUAUGACAAGAUACCAGGUGCAUGAGAAAGAAGAGUUUAAAGCAUUGAAGACUCUUAACAUCUUUUACCAGGCUGGAACUUCAAAGAACGGAAACCCUGUGUUUUACUAUGUAACUCGCAAGUUCAAGACGGGACAGAUUAAUGGGGACUUACUUAUAUACCAUGUCCUUCUCACACUCAAACCAUACUACGCCAAACCAUAUGAGCUAGUAGUGGACUUGACGCAUGCUGGUCCAAGCAACCGCUUCAAGACCGACUUCCUCUCCAAAUGGUUUGUUGUUUUUCCAGGAUUUGCUUACGAGAAUGUGGCCGCCAUGUACAUCUAUAACUGUAACACAUGGGUACGAGAAUACACCAAGUACCAUGAGAGACUACUGACAGGCCUCAAAAGCAGCAAGAAGCUACUGUUCAUUGACUCACCCUCAUGGCUGGCUGAGUAUGUGGAACCAGAGCAACAGAAGCUUCCGGCAGCCACUCUUGCACUGGAAGAAGACCUGAAAGAAGACCUGAAGGUCUUUCAUAAUGCUCUAAAACUGGCCCAUAAAGACACCAAAGUGUCCAUUAAGGUGGGCAGUACGGCAGUGCAGGUGACCUCAGCCGAACGAACACGAGUCUUGGGUCAGUCUGUCUUCCUCAACGACAUCUACUAUGCUUCAGAGAUCGAGGAGAUCUGCCUAGUGGAUGAAAAUCAGUUCACACUGACCAUUGCUAACCAAGGCACGCCAUUGACCUUAAUGCACCAGGAGUGUGAGAGCAUAGUUCACUCGAUUAUCCACAUCCGAACGCGUUGGGAGCUCUCUCAGCCCGACUCCAUUCCCCAGCACACCAAGAUAAGGCCAAAAGACGUUCUGGGGACCCUUCUCAACAUCGCCCUCCUCAACCUGGGAAGCUCUGACCCCAGUUUAAGGUCUGCAGCUUACAACCUCCUGUGUGCCUUAACUUGCACCUUUAACCUAAAGAUUGAAGGCCAACUGCUGGAGACCUCUGGCCUCUGCAUCCCUGCCAAUAAUACCCUCUUCAUCGUGUCCAUUAGCAAGACUCUAGCAGCUAAUGAGCCUCACCUGACCCUGGAGUUCCUGGAGGAGUGUAUCUCUGGCUUCAGCAAGUCCACAAUAACAGAUCUACUUGAUGUAGUUCUGGACAGUUUUAUUAAAACCAGUGCAACCGGAGGUCUCGGAUUCAUCAAAGCUGAAGUGAUGGCAGACACAGCAGUGGCCUCUGGGCCUCUUUCACUGUGGGCAUCCACCCAUGGCCUGGUUAUCAACUUCAUCCACUCCCUCUGCACAUGCUCCCAGCUGAGUUUCAGUGAGGAGACCAAGCAGGUGUUGCGUCUAAGUCUGACAGAGUUCUCCCUGCCAAAGUUCUACCUACUGUUCGGCAUCAGCAAGGUAAAAAUGGCUGCGGUCAUCGCCUUUCGUUCCAGCUACAGGGAUUGUUCGUUUUCUCCGGGCUCCUACGAGAGAGAGACCUUUGCUCUGUCAUCCCUGGAGACGGUCACCGAGGCAUUGCUGGAGAUCAUGGAGGCAUGUAUGAGGGACAUUCCAGGCUGUAAGUGGCUGGAUCAGUGGACCGAUCUGGCACAGAAGUUUGCAUUUCAAUACAAUCCAUCCCUGCAGCCGCGGGCACUUGUAGUGUUUGGUUGCAUCAGUAAACAGGUCACACACACUCAAAUUAAACAAAUCAUACGGAUCCUGAGCAAGGCCAGCCCUCUCCUCAGCAUCGACCGGGGUUUGGAGAGCUGCCUGAAGGGUGCUGAUAACUGUAACAGCCAGGUGCUGAUCGAAGCUACCGUCAUUGCCCUCACUAAACUACAGCCUCUGCUCAACAAGGACUCACCGAUGCACAAAGCACUGUUCUGGGUCGCUGUGGCUGUGCUGCAGUUGGAUGAGGUGAAUCUGUACUCAGCCUGAACUGCUCUGCUGGAACAGAACCUACACACACUCGAUAGUCUGCUAGUCUUCAAUGACAAGAGUCCUGAGGAGGUUUUUAUGGAGAUUCGUCAGCCUCUGGAAUGGCAUUGUAAACAGAUGGACCAUUUUGUUGGUCUCAACUUCAACUCCAACUUUAAUUUCGCUUUGGUCGGCCACCUGUUGAAAGGGUUCAUACACCCAUCUCCCACCACAGUGGCACGCACCAUCCGUAUCCUGCACAUGUUGUUGGCCUUGGUUGGAAAACACCUGAACUGUGAUAAGUUUGAGGUGAACACACAGAGCGUUGCAUAUCUGGCAGCUCUCCUCCCAGUGUCAGAGGAAGUGCAUAGCCGCUGCAGCCUGAAACACAGGAAGUUGUUGCUCCUCUCUGAUAUUAACAUGGAGAAUGUUUCCAUGGAUUCAUACUCCGUACAUCAUGAAGAUCCUAGCUGCAGGUACCACCUAGACAGCAGAUACACAUUCACCUUUUGUAAAAUGCAAACUUUUUACUUCCAAGUUCAAAACCAUCAUGAUCUUUGUAAUCCAGAACGCUGUAAAUCCAUGAGCCUGGACAUGGGGCAACCUUCCCAGGUCAACACCAAGAAGCUUCUAGGUACUAGAAAAAGUUUUGACCAUCUGAUAUCAGACAGCAAAGCACCGAAGAGGCCUGAAAUGGAAUCUGGUAUCACAACACCGCCCAAGAUGAGAAGAGUGGCUGAAAACGAAUAUGAAAUUGAAACCCCAAGAAUCUCGCAUCACCACCUGCGGGAGGUCUCUGUGUAGUCCAACAUCCUGCUUAACGAGGAAAUUCUCACAGAUCCCAAAAUCCAGACGCUGCUUCUUACAGUGCUGGCCACUCAGGUGAAAAACACAUCGGAUGAAUUUGAGCAGAGGAUCCUGUAUGAGUUUCUAGCUGAGGCCAGUGUUGUCUUCCCAAAGGUCUUUCCUGUCGUUCACAACCUCCUGGACUCAAAGAUUAAUACUUUGCUGUCGCUGUGUCAGGACCCAAAUCUUUUGAACCCAGUCCAUGGAAUUGUGCAGAGUGUAGUUUAUCAUGAAGAGUCGCCAACUCAGUACCAAACGUCUUACCUGCAAACUUUUGGGUUUAAUGGACUCUGGAGGUUUGCUGGACCUUUCUCUAAGCAAACUCAGUUCCCAGACUAUGCAGAGCUGAUUGUCAAGUUUCUGGAUGCACUGAUUGACACCUAUCUGCCGGGCAUCGAUGAGGCAAUGAGCGAGGAGGGUCUGCACACACCCACCUCUCCAUACCCUCCACCUGUCCAGAGUCAGGUGAUCUUAAAUGCUAAAAUAUAAUUAUCAAUUUCAAUGACCUCACUGGCCACCUCCCAGCAUACACCAGGAAUCGAUAAAGAGAAGGUGGAUCUGUCCCCCACCACAGGUCUGACAGCCAGCAGACGCACACGCCACGGUUCAGCCAGCCAGGUCCAGAAACAACGUAGCACCGGCAGCUUUAAAAAACCUAGUAUCAAAAAGAUUGUAUGAGACCUACAGCACAGCAGGGUUGAGCCCCUGCUGGACCUCUGACAUACAUUGUGCUGCAUUUUAUGUGGUUUCUCUUUGCUCAUGCUAAACCCGCCGUUUGCAGUAAUCUGUAGGUUCUCUUGAAACCGUUGAGCCGUGUCUGCUAGGAUCAAAAUAAACCGAACGCCUCUGUUUUUAAACCAGUCACUGUUUGACACAGGAUGGGAGAAAGUCCCAUUUUUAUUUUUAUUUUGUUUGUUCAUAACAGACCUUUAACUUUUUUUUAUUUUAUUUUUUUUAUACAUUUGAUGGAAUCACAGACAUUGCCUAAAGGUGGUGUCCUGAGUGUUUCGUUUAAAAGCACAAAUUUCUGUCUUAAAUUUAAAAUAUGAAAGUAUUAACCAAGUGCCAUUCAUUUGUUCAGUUGUAUUUGAUUUUAUUUACUUAACUAUGUUGUUUUUGUUUGCAUCUUUUGUGGUUGUUUCUUUGUAUGGAAGGAAUAAUUUAGUUUUCUUGAGAGUCCCCUAAAACAAAAAUGUACAAUUGGUCAUACAGCACUGCAGAAAUUAACCUUUAAUAGCCUUUAUAUUGUAUACUAAAUAAAGUAUUCAUUAUAUUAUAGUAUUAAUAUAGUAAAAAAAAAAGUUGCUGGUCCACCUAAAUUAUGAUCCCAAA